AAGUGAAAUGACGACGACAAAAUGCAGCGGCAGCAGCGAAAGGAUAAAUAUGAAGAAGCAGCAGCAGCAGGAGACUACGAUUAUGCGAGUGCCAGAGCAAGCAGCAGUUGUCAUCGACGCCUCUAUUUGUGCAUAACCAAGGCAGUCAAACAAUUCAUUGAACUCUGCAACAAUUUGGGCGCAAACUGCAGCACAGCGACCUCAACCGGAACAGCAGCUGGCGCACCAGCCGCAGCCGCCGCCUCCUCAUCGAGCAACUCCUCGAACGCCAGCACAUCCAACUUCCACAUCACCAUAAAUUCAACCAACAACACACAUCAACAGCAGCAUCAGCAGUCGCAGUCGCACUCGCAGUCACAGCUACAGCAAAUUGUUGCUCCAGAAACACAGAUACAGACAACAUUGGGUGGAGGAGGUGGAGGAGGAGGAGCAUUGUCAUCAUCAUCAUCAUCAUCGUUGCCCAUCAGGCGUCACAUCUCGCACACGACAGCCGUCAAGUUUCUGUACGCCCGUAAGUUUGACAUCCAACGGGCCGUAUCACUAUACGAGCAGCAUGAACAGAUUCGCCAGCGGGAAUACUUGUACAACAUCGAUGCCGAUGUGGAGCCACUGCGCUCCGAGCUGCAAACUGGCAAAUUUACCAUACUGCCGGCACGCACAUCGAGUGGAGCGGCAAUUGCGCUCUUUACGGCCAAUCGACACAGUCCGCUGAGCGCCUCGCACACAACAACAUUACAGGGUAUCGUGUAUCAGUUGGACUGUGCGCUGCAGGACACGGACACGCAGCGUGCGGGACUUGUGUUCAUCUAUGACAUGAGUGGCUCGAAGUAUUCCAAUUUUGAUUAUGAUCUGUCGCAAAAGAUACUCACACUGCUGAAGGGCGGCUAUCCGGCGCGUUUGAAGAAAGUGCUGAUCGUGACGGCGCCGCUGUGGUUCAAGGCGCCAUUCAAGAUCCUCCGCCUGUUUGUGCGCGAGAAGCUACGCGAGCGAGUGUUCACCGUAUCGGUGCCGCAGCUGAGUCUGCACGUGCCGCGCAAGGCGUUGCCAGUGCAUCUUGGCGGCACGCUGGAAAUCGAUCACGCCACAUGGUUGCUAAAUUGCCGCAAAUCGAUGACGAAUCGUGAAGACGAACUGCUUGCCAAUCUAGUGGGUGUCGCUGGUGUUGCAGCUGCCACAGCGACAGCGACGACAGCAACGCCGCUAAGCAACGGCAGCAGCAACAGCAACAACGCAGCAGCAGCAACAACCAUUAUCAGUGCUGUGCAUCAGCUGAGCGAUAGCAACACAACCGUGGUCACGGUCAGCGGUGGUGCAGCUGCUGUGGCUGCUGGUGGCGAAGGAGGAGCAGCCACCGGUUCAGCGGCAGCUGGCACACAACAGCAGCAACAGCAACUGAUUAACACCGAAUCAACGGAACCCAACGAGAACAUCACAAUCAACGGACUGAGUCCCAGUCAUCGGACCGCUAACAAUACGCUGCUCAAGCUCAACACCAGCGGCAUUCAGCAACAGAACGGCACAUCAGCUGCCGCCGGAGCAGGAGGAGACAUUGCCACAACAGCAACAUCCACAACAACAACAGCAGCAGCAGCCACAACAGCAACAACGACGACGACAACGACGUCAGGCGGUGUGGCAGCUGCUGGCGGAGGAGUUGCUGUCAAUGGGAGUGCCGCCGGUGUCGGUGAUUUGUGGUCUGAGAAUCCGCCAAGUAGUGCCUCAUCCGGUUUCAGUGACGACGACAGUCUGGCCGGCCAAGAGGGUGAUCCCAAGACGCUCGAUCAGAUUGUGCAAAUGGUCAAGGAGCGGCGACGUCAGGGCCUAAUUAAGGAGUACUUGGAUAUACGAAAUCGGGCACCCGAAGGCACUUUCCUCCAUGCGCGCAUGCGCAACAAUUUGACCAAAAAUCGUUAUACAGAUGUCCUGUGCUACGAUCACAGUCGUGUGGUCCUGGCGCGAGAGGAUGAAGACGAGCUGUCCGAUUACAUCAAUGCGAAUUUUGUCGAUGGCUAUAAACAGAAGAAUGCAUAUAUUUCAACUCAAGGUCCAUUACCAAAGACAUCCCAGGACUUUUGGCGCAUGAUCUGGGAACAACAUUGCUUAGUUAUAGUUAUGACAACGCGCGUCAUGGAACGCGGACGUGUUAAAUGCGGCCAAUACUGGGAGCCGACUGAAGAUAGUUCCUUAGAGUUUGGAAAUUACCAUGUGCGAACAAUUAGCGUCGAGUGCAACGAGGAUUACACAGUUGCCUCACUAGAAUUGAGAAACCUAAAGACUGACGAAAUUCGCAAUGUGUCACAUUGGCAGUUCACCAGCUGGCCGGACUACGGUGUGCCCAGCUCGGCCAUGGCGAUGUUGAACUUCCUGCAGAAGGUGCGCGACAAGCAGGCGCAGCUGGUGCGUGCUCUGGGCGAUACUUGGGCUGGUCAUGUGCGUGGUCCACCUAUUGUGGUCCACUGCAGUGCUGGAAUUGGACGCACAGGCACCUUCAUCACGCUGGACAUUUGCAUAUCGCGUCUGGAGGAUGUGGGCACGGCGGAUAUACGCGGCACCGUGGAGAAAAUACGUUCGCAACGCGCCUACUCCAUCCAAAUGCCGGAUCAAUAUGUGUUCUGCCAUCUGGCGCUCAUCGAGUACGCGCAUUCGCGUGGCAUGCUGCAGGCUGUCGAUUUGGCGGGUUUCGAUGAACGGGAACAGGACUCCGAAUAGGCAGCAACCUCAACCACAACAACAAACAGCAUCCACACUUCCACAACCAAACAUACACAUUAAAAAAAUGAAAUAACAAAUUCAUCAACAAUAUAUGAAAGAAAAAAAGAAGCAGCAGCCACACAACAAAUACAAAUUGUAUACAGAUUAAUUCUAUGAUUGUCCCCCAUAUUUUUGGUUAUAUACGAUAUAUAUAUUACUAUAUUUUGUUUUUUUUUUUUUCGUUUCUGAAUUAUGAUUUUACGCCGAGGAAUUUGAGAAAUUGUAAUUUUCUUUUUGUUUGUAUUGAAUGUGCGAUUUCGUUUAUGCUAAUCAUAAUCAUAUAUAUAAAAAUAUAUACUUUUUUUUGCUAUUUUUAAAACACAUACCAACAACCACAUUUAUAUAAAAACUUUAUAUAUAUACUAGCGAUAUUUGAAAUGAAAGAGAGAGAGAGAGAGCGAGAAAGCGAGCGCGAACAUGAACGAGAGAGAUAGAGAAAGAAAUGAAAAAGUUUAGCAAUGUUUUAUGUAAGCGGCUGGUAAAUUGUAAAUUUGACUAUUUUCUGUAUGUUUAUUAUUAUUAUUAUUAUUAUUACUCUAUUAUUAUAUUAUAUUAUAAUUACUAUUAUUAUUAUUUAUGUGAAAUGAAUUGAAUGUGUAGCUGCAAAACUGAGAGAGCAACUGUUAAAUUGCUAACGAUUUUCUAUAUAAUAUGCAUGUGUGUGACACACACACACACUCCAUUUGCUUACACCACAAACACACAUACACAAAACACACACAUACAUGCAUACAUGUAUAUGUAUUUGUAUUUAUACCAAGAUUUUUUUGUAAUGUACGUAAUUAAUAUUUAAAGUGAAUUUUUUAUAUAUGAUCAUUUCAUGAUUGCAAUAAUCUUUAUAUACAUUUUUUUUUUAAGCCCAACUCCCCCUCCCCGACCCCCCUUGACCACCACCUGUUCCCACUCCCAUUAACAAGAAUUGUAAUUGUAAUGUAAAUUUAUUUAAAUUAAAUUAAUAUUGAAAAAGGAACAAACAAAUUAAAAACAAAACAAA